AUGCAGGCUCUGCGUUACGCCCCCAAGAAAACCCACCCCUCUCUGCUCUCUCUCGCCGGGUUGCUGCUGCUAGCAGCAAAAAAAAAAAAUAAAAUAAAACUGCUGCUGCAGCAGCUCGACGAGGAGCUGCUGCACGAAAACCCCACGCUACAGGACCUACACGCGCUGUACAACUCCCUCUUUUUAGAUGAUCCCCUCAGCGGCAUAAAAAAAGAAGAAAAGCCGUGGCGGUGGAUAGACCGCAUGAAGCCAGAAACCCUUCUCGCUCUGCUGGAGACGGCCGCGAAGCUGCAGGGUAAACCCCAGCAGUUCAACGAAAUUCUGAAGGGCGCCAGCCAGUGCUCGUAA